AUGGGAAUUAUUGGAAGUGGAUGUGAAGUCAUGCGAUAUGCAUGGCCCAAGAUGACUGUAUCCUUCUCCAUCCGAGAGAAUGUGGAUUUGUUGGUGAUCGAGCGAGGUAACUACAAGCAACCCAGUGGUAGCCCCCAUCGAGAACCAUGGGAGGACAUGGUGGAGUCCGUGCCUCCCGAAAAGCGACCAAAACUCGUCAUUGAAUGUUGGCGCUCUGAUCCAACUCUAUGGCAAUAUGGCCCAACCAGCAAGGCAACCACCACCAGAUGGAGAGACAUUGGCUACUACAUCAAUUGCCGAACUAUCAAUGCAACUUCCAUCGGUGGAGCCAUCAACCAAGAGAGACUCCUAGUGGCCCGCACUCGAGCUGACAUUGGAGCACAAUGGGUGUGGGACAACCUGGACAGAGAUCUAGAUGUGAUUCGACCCAUGGGAAAUCUACUCACACCACCCGGUUUGGUACCAAGAGGCUCCUACUCUAACAACGGCACCAACCACACUCCGUAUUCACUACACGACCCUAUGCCCAACCAAAUAGGAGCAUACAUUUGCACUGAAAAAGGAGUUCGGAGACUUUUGAAUGAGGAAAUGGCAAGAGGGCUUGGAAUACCGAAAGGCCCAGAAAUGAACUUGUCCAAGAAAAGCUUGCAACGAACAACAUCGUUGUUUCAUUGGGAAUACCUAUCACAUUCCCUCCAACAUCUGUUCCCCAAGCCUGCUUUGGAAUCAAGACCUACGCCGGCUGAGGACGGACCCGGCAACGAGGCUUCAUCACCUGCUGGACCCACGACCUACAAGGAGUUUGGUUGGGUUCCGGCAGAUCUAUCUCCAGGAGAAACUUGGCACCAGCAACGCAUAUCCAACCUCCGGUGGGCUUCAGAACACUAUCCAGAGCCCAAGGACAUCUUUGACGAUGGCCUUCAUCGGUUGGCUGUGCAUUGA